UGCCCCCACCCACCCAGCCACCCACCCAGCCACCCAUCCACCCUGCACACAAAAGCAGCAUCUUUCACUGUCUGAAGGAAGCCGAGCCUCCGCCAGCUGCGGAGCUGGAAGGAAGAAAAUACCUCGGAGGCACGGGAAGCGGCGACGACAAGGGCGCGCAGCCGCAGCGGUGCGCCACGGGGAGCUGACCGCGGACCGCCGGCCCUUCCCCGGCCCCCCGGACACAAGCGCCCACCUGCACCGGCCACGUUGCUCCGGGUGACCUUCCGUGGAUGCGGAGUCCGCCCCUGCGCGCGUCAGCCUCGGAUGCUCUGAAGGCCCGGGGAGCGCGCUCCGGAGGCGAGAGAUGCUCGGCUGCAUCCGCGCGGGGCUCGCCUUUGUUUGCGCCUAACGAGGAGGAAAAGGAGGAGGAGGAGAGGCCGCGGAGGCAACCGGGACUCAGCGUGGAGGUUUGUCUCUGCUUCGGGUCGGCGCCUCUUCCCGGCUCCCAUGGGGACCACCGAGGCCACGCUCAGGAUGGAAAACGUGGAUGUGAAGGAAGAGUGGCAGGGCGAAGCGCUUCCCAGGCCGCUCCCGGAAGAGACGGGAUCAGACUCCCCCGGCAGCCCCGAGGCCGACGCGUCCUCCCCUCCCAACACGUUGACCUUCAACGGGGCCCAUCGGAAGCGCAAGACGCUGGUGGCGCCCGAGAUCAACCUGUCCCUGGACCAGAGCGAGGGCUCGCUGCUGUCCGACGACUUCCUGGACACGCCCGAUGACCUGGACAUCAACGUGGACGACAUCGAGACCCCCGACGAGACCGACUCGCUCGAGUUUCUGGGCAACGGCAACGAGCUGGAGUGGGAAGAUGACACGCCCGUGGCUGCCGCCAAGAACAUGCCGGGGGACAGCGCGGAUCUGUUCGGGGACGGCGCGGCCGAGGAUGGCAGCGCGGCCAACGGACGGCUGUGGCGGACGGUGAUCAUCGGAGAGCAAGAACACCGCAUCGACCUGCACAUGAUCCGGCCCUACAUGAGGGUGGUGACCCACGGAGGGUACUACGGCGAGGGUCUCAAUGCCAUCAUCGUCUUCGCCGCCUGCUUCCUCCCGGACAGCAGCUCCCCCGACUACCACUACAUCAUGGAGAACCUCUUCCUGUACGUCAUCAGCAGUCUGGAGCUCCUGGUGGCCGAGGAUUACAUGAUCGUGUACCUGAAUGGGGCCACCCCGCGGCGGAGGAUGCCCGGCAUCGGCUGGCUGAAGAAGUGUUACCAGAUGAUUGACAGGAGAUUGCGGAAGAACCUGAAGUCCCUGAUCAUCGUCCACCCGUCCUGGUUCAUUCGCACCGUGCUGGCCAUCUCCCGGCCUUUCAUCAGCGUCAAGUUUAUCAACAAGAUCCAGUACGUGCACAGCUUGGAAGGCCUGGAGCAGCUCAUCCCCAUGGAACACGUGCAGAUCCCGGACUGCGUGCUCCAGUACGAAGAGGAGCGGCUCAAGGCCAGGAGAGAGAGCGCCAGGCCGCAGCCCGAGUUCGUCCUGCCCAGGUCUGAAGAGAAGCCAGAGGCGGCGCCGGCAGACGACAGGUCUGCUCUGGGCGCGGAGGACCAGGAAACGAGCAUGUCCUGAGGUGACGUGAGGACAGAGAAGGACACGAAGAAGAUUCCAGACGCCAAGAAACCUCUGUCAGACGCCCUCUGGCCCCGGAUCUCGCCCCCGCCUCCUCCUGAGUCCCAUCUUCAGAGGGUUCUAGUCUCCAUCCAUCUCUGAAGCCCAGCAUCCUUUUUAGCUGCUUGGAAACAUUUUUUUUUAACGAUGCGGUACUAGCACGUUCUGGAAAAGGACCCGGUUCUCAGCCCUCCGUCCUUCCACACUCAUGAAGUCCCGGCCGAGAAGAGUGAGCAGCACAGGGCGUGGCCAGUGUGUCCUCGGUGGCCUCGGGCCCCUCCCACUGUACAAAGUCCUGGUUCGAGACCCUUCUCUUGCUCGUCACCUGUCCCAGGUUGGAGCCACAGACGCCCACUCCCCAGCCGGGUCUGGAUUUGUUCUCGUGCCUUCCUCCCAGAACGGCCCCCGCAGCCCUGGGCAUCUGACUGGGGAGCUCAGCCCCCCGCAGGGCGGGGCCCCGGGCACCUCCCGGCCUUCGACCUCGUGGCUUUUCAUUGUCCUCCAGUCUCAGAAAUACACUCCCGUCUCCAUCCAGAACAUUCUCAAGCCCCUUUAACUCAGAUGCCACACCACAGGGCGACCCCGAUCUGUAACGUACCUCCUCCCGAGGGAAUGAGCCGUCCCCACUUCCCCGAUCCCCCCUGAAAAUGGGGUUGGGAUGAGCCCCCUGGGGCUCCCACCAAGAGCGGAGGCUGAGAAACCAUCUCUAAUGUAGGCUUGUGCCGGAAAUACAGACCGAGAAAAAGGAAGAGACAGGGUAUGGGAUUUCGCAGCGUUGCGAAGGUCACUCAGGAAAAGAAAUCCCGGUGGCCUGGACACAAUGGCCACCUGCGUUCAAAGGAGGCAAAUCUCUCUUGGACGGAAGAUAAACUUUUUCUAAUGCGGUCCAAACACCAGUCAAGUGGCCUCUCGAGGUAGUGAGCUCCCCGUCUCUGGGGGCAUUUAAAGAAACGGCUGAAUGGCGCUUGCAGAAAGCGGUCGUCUGCGGUCCCCUCCAAUCCUGAGUCUUUAUUUCUGUGACUCUGAGCGGAAUCGAGCUGGCACGCUGUGGGGUCCCUCCAGCUGGCUUUUUAGCGGGUGUCGUCGAGGCUCAGUUGGCCUGCGUUUCUGGGCCUCGGUGGGAAUGUCAAGUGCUGCCUGGUCCUGGACAUCGAAGAGGGUGUGUUUGGGGCCAUGCCAUGGCAGGAGGGAGCUGGUGGCGUGAGUGCCGCCGGAAGGGGACGCCCAACUUUGCCAUGUGGGAGGGGGUCCUGCCCAUCGAGGAAUUGCCCCAACGCCAUGAAAAAUGCCAGGCCUCCCAGCGAGCUUGGGCCAGGCAUCUUCCAGGUCCCAGCACAGCCCCCGUGGGGCCAGGGCGUUUGGGGGCCUGACGGGGUUUUUAAAUUUGUGUUUCUGCUGUUUCCCAGAUGUCAGAUGAGGGGCAGGGGCGGUGUUCUAGGCCCAAGUGUGGCCCCCGGAGCCUCACGCAGCAGAGGCUGGCAGACGGGCCCCUCCAGGCUGCCCUCCAUCGGGACCCUCCCUCCGGGGCCCUAAACUCUGGGUUCAGGUGGUCAGUGCAGCCCCUCGGAGACCCACGCACGGUCCGGAGGGCCCCAGACGGCCACCCGCAGGAAGGCGGUGACUCCUGGAAGUCUGGGGGCUCACUCCAAGCUCACAGAAGGAGCCGGGAUGGAACUCAUGCGUUCUCCCCAAUCCCGCCACAACCGAGUGCCUGCAGAGGUGACAGAUGACACAAACGGGGAGAUUUCGGGGCCCCCUCGAGGGGCCUGCAGACUCAUCAUUCCAACAGGGACCACCGGGCCCACCCAGCGCCCCUCCGGACCACCAGCAGCCACAGACGACGGGCAAGUGGAACCGAGGACCCCGCUUGGCCACAGCAGCCCCUCCAGGAUAGAGAGAGACCCCCAGGGAGCUGGGUCCCCAGGCCUGCCGCCUGUCCUCAGGCGUGAGACCAAAUGGGGCCACCAUGUCCAGGCAGGCUGCCCCCCGCGUCCCUCCCCCCGCGGGGUCGUCUUUGCGGUAGAUUCGUAUCCGCGGGCGGUUCCAGCCAAGAUGCAGCAGACACCCGGCCCUCGGCGACUCGGGCGGGCGUUGGGCUUUCCUCGUGGGCCCCGUGGGACGUGUCGUCAUAAAUCCCCCCCACCAAACUCGUAGUUCACACGCCCCCUCCCCCACCCCUGACAGCGAGUUUUGCGGUUUUUAAAAAACGAAAACAGUUGGUUAUGCGGACCGUCGUGAGGUUCAGAUGCCAUUUCCACAAGCUUUGGGGGAUUUUUAUGUGAAAUAAAUGUCACUGAGAAUGGA